AUGCUAGGUCGAGGACUUCCGCCUGGAGCUCAAAGCUCACAAGGACGCAGAGAACCCUCCGGAGGAGCGUUUACGAUGUUCACGCCUCAGCAAGUCAAACAGUUCAAAGAGGCUUUCACUAUGAUUGAUCAGGAUGGCGAUGGUAGGGUGUCGGAAGGUGAUUUGAAAUUGAUGCUGAGCAAUCUCGGCCAAACUCCAACACCUCAACUACUUUCUUCCCUUCUCACUUCAAGACCAGGAAACGUGAAAGGUUCAGCAUCGGAAGGAAUCAACUUCACUCAAUUUUUAAGUAUGAUGGGUGAACACUUGAUUCAAUUGGAUAACGAACAAGAAUUGGUUGAUGCUUUCGCAUGUUUCGAUGAAGGAGAUAAAGGUUUUGUGGACGUCAAAGAAGUGAGGAAAUGGUUGGGCGAGAUGGGAGAUAGGAUGUCUGAGGAGGAAAUCGAAAGACUGUUCUCCGGCCCAUUCACAGAUCGUCAAGGUCGUUUCAACUAUCUCGAAUUCGCAAAAGUACUUCGAGUGAAUGAUGGUGAACAAGAGAGAGAGGAUAAAUUAUCCACUUGA